AUAAGGUUUCAUAGAAGCGAUUCAUAAAUUUGGGAUACUUCUCCUCAACCAAAGCGUUCAUUCUCUUAUUUGACUACCUUGGCUUACGGGAGAUUUUUAUCUGGUACUUGCAUUUAGCAAUUUUAUCAGCAACUCGCAAAACCGUACCUGAAACAAUUUAAAAAAUUUAGCAAAAGGUAUUCCGCACUUUUUUCUAUGUGUUGCGGUUUGAUUUUAUUGCUACUGCACAACAACAUCAACUCCAAGAACAGAAACACACAAGUUUUGUGUCUAGAGAUAUUAUUUCUUUUACAAACUCAGCCACUAUCUCAUUGUUUUUCAGUCAUCUAAUCCUAUUUAAAAUAGCAACAAUUAAUUGAAGAACCACUCGAUGAACGAUCCAUCCAAUCCAUUCUUUUCCAAUAAUAACAAUAAUAAUAAUCCAGGAGCCAACAAGUCUUCUUCCAAUACCACUACUGCUCAACCACAACAACAACAACUCUCGGAUAUCAAUUCAUUCCUAUCACAAGAGUCAUCCUUCCGUACAACAAGUUCUACUUUAAAUAAUAGUAGUACCAAUAAUAAUAAUAACAACAACGAGGGAGGCGAUUUAUUAAUUGAUCCUGUUGUUGGACAAAAUAUCAUCAAUAAUACCAUCUCUAAAUUCCUCCAAUUCAAUAACAUUUCCAAACAACAACAACAAGCUACUAAUACUAUUGCUUCACCCCUUCAACCUAACAAUAAUUUCCCUUCCAUCAACAAUAUGAGCAACAAUAAUAGUGGUCAGAUUCCUCCAUCUCUUUUUCAAUCUCUUCAAAGAUCUCCAAACAACUACCAGAAUAAUCAGCAACAACAACAACAACAAUUUAAUACACCUUCUCCAAGCUCAUCUCCCUAUCCAAUGAUGAAUAAUACUCAACAACCUUACCCUCAAUCUUCUCCUCCUUUUAAUUUUACUCCACUCUCUGGUAAUCAAAGACCAGUUAAUAAUAAUAACAACAGUAAUCAAUCAUCGGUAAGCUUAUUGGCCUCUAUUUUAGCCAACCAGAACUUUGCAGUUCCACAACAACAGCCACAACAACAGCAAUCACAAAUAGCCUCUUUGCCAGGUUCAAACAACCAACAAAUUCAAAACUUGAUUGCUAAAAUUCAAUCCUUAGAGGGUGAAAUCCAAACUCUCAAACAAGAAAAUGCUCGUGUAAAGGGAGAAUUAACAGAUUUUGCUUCAAGCUUUGUAGAAUUCAAGAAUAACUUUCUGGGAAGAGCCAGCUCUGGUUUGGGAGUCAUAAUAACGAGUGGAGACACUGGAAGGAUUUUAAGUGCCAACUCUUGUGUUUUGAAACUACUUGGUUAUGAUGAUUUGGAACAAUUUAGGAGUAUUGUUAGCAAGUGGAGUGAUGUUGUUGUUCAGGAAGAUCGCCAACGAGUAUUUUCAACAUUUUUACAAUCUGCCCUUGCAAGCAAUGAUAAUUGUUUCAUAGUUUUUAGAGCUAAGAGAUUAGAUGGAAAGAUUAUAACUGUUUCUUCAAACCAUGUGGUUGCCUAUGAUGAUGGAGGUGAAAAUCCAUUCUUUUCCAUGUCCUUUUUCAAACAAUUGGAUGUUCCUCCAGAGGAUCUCAUUUCUGAGCAAAGUAUAUAAUAAAAAAACAAAAUUUUCAA